AUUCAUGCUAACGGAGCGUGUUCGGUCAAAGUGCGUUUUUUUUAGUAACUUUUAGAAAAAACAUUUUCCUAUUGGAUAGUGAAACAAUUGAAUUCAGUACGUAUCCUGCAUAAGAUACACAGUUUGUGAAUGUGCUUUAAAUCGGCGGCAAAAUUUGGAAAAAAAGUAGCAGCUCUAUUAUCAGCUGAUAUAUGACAUAUAUGAUUAAAAUAUGGCGAAGUUGACCCAUGCUGUGUGGAGUCUGUCUUCAAAUUUUGCGGCGAAUCGGUAUUUUUCUCGAUUGUUGACUUCAUCAUGGUGCAAUAUAUCUGUGGUUGCAUCAACUCAAGGAUUGUCAACGAAUGCUGCUGUCAAGUCCGAUGAUACUUUGAUUAUUAGUGAUAGUUGCGUGCAGCGCUUAAAAGAAAUAACAAGCGAUGGCACAUGUUUGAGAGUCACAGUGGAAGGUGGAGGUUGUUCCGGAUUUCAAUACAAAUUUGAUUUAGAUCAAAAUAUACACGAGGAUGAUAGAGUAUUUCAGAAAGAUGGUACUAAAGUGAUUAUAGAUACAACUUCUUUAGAAUAUGUGAAAGGGUCAACAAUUGAAUUUCAUACAGAAUUGAUAAGAUCUGCUUUUAGGAUAACAAAUAAUCCUUUAGCUGAACAGGGAUGUAGUUGUGGUGCUAGUUUUGCUAUUAAAGUCGAGUGAAUCAAGAUGGAGAUGUUUAUUCAAUCAGUUAGUUAAUUUUUAAUAUAAAUUUUUUAAAUUACUAUGUAAGAUUAAUUAUAAUUUUUUAUUUAUAAUUAAUUCAGUACACACAAAGUAAUGCAUAUAAUUGCUUUACCAUAUACAUUAAUUUUAUCACAACAUCUACUGUCAACAGUAGCUGUACAUUUUCUUACAUUUCUUUUAAUACAAUAAAGAAUAGUUUGCAAAUUUAUCAUUGCAGGUGUCAGUUUACAUUUUAGUUAUAAAUAAUUGUAUACAAGUAAUACCAAAAAACCACCUACGCUUUUAUUGAUGAAUUUAGGAUAGUAUAAUUUAUUGUGUACCAAAAGCUGUAAAUAAGUAUGAGCAAAUGGGAAUCGUUGCACAUAUAUGACAUAGAAGAAGAGUUAAACUUAAUAUAAAUCAUUCGUAAAAAGAACAAUGUCCUUGAUAAGGUUUUAUUUUGAUUUUAUAAAUAAUGUGAUAUUAAGUUAAAUAGCUCUUUAGCAUUAAAGAUCUUUACAGCUAAAGAUAUGAGUAUGCGCAAAAGUUUAUAAAUCACUGCUUAUCAGGUAUGAUCCGUAUAUGUACAUAAAAUUAUAUUUAUCAAUAACCAUGAUUAAAUCAUACCAUUGAUGGAA